AUGCCUCGAUAUCUAAUAUAUUCGUCCAAGUUCCAUACCAUCGCCAAUUUUAACUUCUUUAUCAACAAUACGAGAAAGUCGCUAAUAUUGGACCAUAACUUUCUCAACAACCAAUUUCUUAUCCGAAAGAUUUAUACACCAAGGGCUAAAGAAAACAAUUAUGGCGCCAAUACACACAGUGACUUGCGGUCAGGGUACCAGUCGGUAAUGGGUAAUGUAGCUUCAAAGGUUUUGACUUGCCAGGAACCUGAGGCCAAGCUGUCGCAAAGCCUAGAGCAUCACUCGGAGGUUACACCAAUAGCACCAACAACAAAAUCAACAAGCACUACUUUUACUACUACUACUUAUAACAACAAUAACAACAAUAACAAUAGCAAUAAUAAUUAUAAUAAUAAUACUGACAACAAUACUAUCAAUCCAUGUGCAAGUUCAACUACCAGCACUAUACCUUUCAAUGUGGUGCCUCGAAGCGCGAGACUUUCCCCAACCAAUAAACCAGUAUCGCUUUUGGAUACAAGAUCUGACUUCAAGUCAGCGCUUGGAGCGUACGUAAAGUUAACAAAACCGAACUUGACAGUCUUGGUGACAUUGAGCUGCGUAUGUUCCUAUGCCAUCUCGCCAUUGAGUGUCUCGAUUGCUGAGCUAUUCUUUUUGGCUUCAGGAACAGCCUUAUGUUCUGGUGCUGCCAAUGCGAUAAAUAUGGGACGGGAACCAGAGUUUGAUAAACAGAUGCCACGAACUGUGGGCAGGCCAGUUGUUCGGGGACUCAUUACCCCAAAUCAGGCGUAUUCGUUUGCUGCCUUGGUGGGAAGUGUAGGGUGUACCAUGUUAUGGUUUGGUGUUAACCCAGUGGUAUCAAUGCUAGGGUUUUUCAACAUUGUAUUGUAUGCUUGGAUCUAUACACUGAUGAAAAGAAAAUCUAUUUUGAACACAUGGGUGGGUGCUAUAGUCGGUGCUAUUCCACCUCUUAUGGGCUGGGCAGCAUCUUCAUCAUUGGCGCACCCUGGGGCAUGGUGCUUGGCUGGCCUCUUGUAUGCAUGGCAAUUUCCGCAUUUCAACGCACUUUCUCAUGGCAUUGCUCAACAAUAUAAGCAAGCAGGAUAUGUUAUGACUGCUGCUGAGAACCCUAAAUUGAAUGCUCGAGUCGCCCUUAGGUAUUCUAUUUUGAUGUUCCCACUUUGCUUCGGCUUGAGCUAUUUUGGAGUUACUGAUUGGGUAUUCCCGUUUGACUCUGCUUUGGCUAAUGGAUGGCUAGCAUAUUGGUCAUUUAAGUUUUGGCAGCAACAACAACGCAAUUAUUCGAGUGGUUCCAAAAAAGGUCCCACAUCCGAAGGAUUGGCGCUCGCCGGUACCCACGCAAAGAAGUUGUUCUGGUGUUCUGUGUGGCACCUUCCCGCGGUUCUUAUUUUGGCAAUGUUACAUAAAAAGGAUCAAUGGAACAGAUUAUCUGACUAUAUAGGUUUACGACUAGGGAAGACAAGUUCAGCAAUGAGUCCGUAG